AUGGCCGAAACCCUUCUUAGCUACCUGACGACACGCAAUCCAACUGUCCUCGCGUUCGUAAGACCAGCACCGAGCUUCACCUUUAAUGAUGAGUGGGACCCAAUUGACGGCAUAAGAGAAUGGACCGAUUUCAACUACAACACCCUCCAACUACUGUUCCGGGAUGAGUUGAGCCGUCAUGUAUCUCCGUUUGACACUACCGGGAGCUGUGAAAUUGGAGGCUACAACAAGAUAUUUGACGAACGUGGCCUUUCUGACCUCAUAUGCAUGUCCAUUAUGGGUCCUAUAUCGGCAGUGCUUCCUUCCGAUUCAUUCAUUACGUCUGGCGGAAGAGUUACGCAGCACCCAGGAUGCGUCCCUGACUGGGGUGCUGGGAAGGAUGGGGUAGGAAGGUCUAAAGCUAUUGUUCUUGGUGACACGAAAUUCAACUGGACAUCAACUAAUACCUUUAAUGUUAUCCAGAGCGUGGGAAACAGGCCCUAUGAAGAUUCACCAUCGAUCGACCUGCGACCAGGAGCUCGUGGUAAUACGGCUUCAUUUGCCACCAUCCCACGUUCGAACAUCACCCAGACCUCAACGCACUCGCCUACCACCCUCACAUCAACGGGUAACAUCGUCUUCCACGAUUUCGAAGCAAUUGACGGACAUAUCUAUUGA